CGAGAGGGACGUGUUUCGCCCGUCUGGUCGCGCGCUCACUUUGCGACCUGCGCCGUCCUCGACUGUGGAGACCCAGCCGGCCGCGCUUGCUACCCGCCGGCACCAGGAGCAAGGGGCGCGCCGCGACGGAGCCGCGCCGCGAUGCUCACAGACGUGACGCCGUCCGUGGGCCGGCCGCCCGGCCAGCUAUACGCACAGACCGUCCGAGAUGGCUCGGUGGAGGUUGUCGGUCUGGCUAAGGGCAAAGUGUGGCCCAGUGUCAGUGUCGAGGAGAUCCUGGAUCACCCGAGCUUGCGCGGCACGCCGCUAGCGAUGCUGGCGGCGCAGUGCAACAAGCUGUCCAGCAAGUCGCCGCCCCCGCUGGCCGACGCCGCCGUCGGCAAAGGCUUCCACCCCUGGAAGAAGUCGCCGCAGCAGGGCGGCGCCGCCACCACCGGCGCCAGUGGCGCGCCGGGCGGCGGCAGCGGCAACAACAACAACAAUAACAACAACAACGGCGCCGGCGUGGGCGGCGCGGGCGGCGUGGCGCGCUCCAUGGCCGUCAGCUCGAGCGCCAGCUACGCGGGUCGACCCGUCAUGACGACGGCUGGCUGCGCCGUCGGCGUCGGCGUCUCGUCGGCUGGCGGAUACGGCGCGCCCGUCUCCUCUGGCGGAGACCUCUACUUCCCCGGGCAGCCCAUGACCACGUCGCCAGAAGCUGGCGGCGGAGCCGGGGGCGGAGGCACGCCUGGAGGCGGCGGCGGGGGCGGAGGCGCCGCCGUCGCUGCGCAUCAGGCAGCUCUUCUGGGGAAGGUGGACGUGUACCCGCGGCACCCCUACGAGUCGUGGCCGUUCAACGCGAUGCCGGGCGCGGCGGCGGCGCACCCGGGGGCGCUGAAGGCGGCGGGCGACGCGUGGUGGGACGUGCACUCCGCGGCGGCAGCGGGCGGCUGCGGCUGGCUCGACAUGAGCGGCGCCACGGCGCACGCGCAGAUGGCCGCCGCCAACUACGCCGCCGCCGCCGCCACGUCAGCCGCCGCCGCCUCCGUCGCCGAUUACUCCACGCUCAGCCACACGCUCGCCGCCAGCAACCACCUGCUUUCCGCCGCCGGCGGACACAAUCUGCUGCAGGAUACGUACAAGUCGAUGCUGCCGGGCGCGGCGCAGGGCGCCUUCGGGCUGCACGCGCACCACGCGCACGCGCACGCGCACGCGCCGUCGCCGUCGCCGGUGUCUGCCGCGGCGUCGCUGCCGCCGCAGGUGCCGUCUCCGCGCUCGCAGCGCCGCUACACGGGCCGCGCCACCUGCGACUGCCCCAACUGCCAGGAGGCGGAGCGCCUCGGGCCCGCAGGCGUGCACCUGCGCAAGAAGAACAUCCACAGCUGCCACAUCCCCGGCUGCGGGAAGGUGUACGGCAAGACCUCGCACCUGAAGGCGCACUUGCGCUGGCACACGGGGGAGCGGCCUUUCGUGUGCAACUGGCUCUUCUGCGGCAAGCGCUUCACGCGCUCCGACGAGCUGCAGCGCCACCUGCGCACGCACACGGGCGAGAAGCGCUUCGCGUGCCCCGUGUGCAACAAGCGCUUCAUGCGCUCCGACCACCUGGCCAAGCACGUGAAGACGCACAACGGCGGCGGCUCCGGCUCCGGCUCCAAGAAGGGCAGCUCCGAGUCGUGCUCGGACUCGGAGGACGGCGCGUCGCAGCCGGCGGCGUCGCCCGCGUCCGUGGCGCACACGCCGCCGCUCGACGACGUCAAGCCGCCGGGGCUAGUCUGAGCCCGGUGGGGUCCCGCGCUGCUGUACCCGCCCUACCACCACUAGCAGCCGCCGGACCCCGCCCCGGACACGACGCCCGGCUUCCCAGCACCGCUGCCCGCCGACGCCCACUGCCGGGGAAGACGCCCGCACGAGACACCGCCGCCUCCGGCGUCAGUGUCCGAUCCGACGUUUGCCGCUGUGCUCCGGCGCCAGCCGAUUACCGAGUACACAAAUCCACAUCAGACAUGUCUGGUAUUCCUCCCUUGCGGACCUUCGAUCGUCUUUGAGAUAAUCGAAUAAUGGAACAGAAUCGCGGCUGUCUACAUUACAUCAACACACAAGUUACGUCCGAAGCGCCAAACCGUAUAACAGUUCCCUCGUACCACGUCUGCAGCUAUAAUCAGAACUGAUCUAAUGGUAACUUUACAUCCAUUGUUAACCGUCAUUUUCACGGGACACUUUUUCACUUACUAUUUAUACUGAAUCGAUGAAGAAUGAGACUUUUGGGAAGAGUCCGAGUGAUUUCGUAACAGUAGUGCAGGAGUUGGAGUGACAUCUCAGACAGCUCAGUAAUACCACUAUCUGCAAAAUAUGAUAUUCCAGAAUGAGAUUUUCACUCUGCAGCGGAGUGUGCGCUGAUAUGAAACUUCCUAUCAGAUUAAAACUACCGAGACUCGAACUCGGGAUCUUUGCAAGUGCUCUACCAAUGAGCUACCGAAGCACGACUCACCCCCCUCCCCCCCCUUCCUCACUCACAGCUUUACUUCUGCCAGUUGCUCGUCUCCUAUUUUCCAAACUUUACAGAAGCUCUCCUGCUAACCUAGAGAGCACUUGCCCGCGAAAGGCGAAGAUCUCGAGUUCGAGUCUCGGUCCGGCACACAGUUUUAAUCUGCCAGGAAGUUUCAAAACAUGAUAAUGUAGGUUCCAGUCCCUGGCCAGCACACGCCCUGAAUGUAACAGUGCUGCAGAAUGUAUUGCAAUUACCUCAGUAGAAAUGGGGCUUCGCUGCCCACUGAAUAGAAGAAUUCAUUUAUGGUCACAGUAUAAUGUGUAGAACCGCCUGUCUUUGAUCUCUUUGUUGUUCACCAAUUAAUCGUGUUUCCCGUUCAUAGUACUUCGUACUUUCUCAAGGCGUCAGUAAGAAAAAGCACUGAUGAAGCUAACAUGUCAUCGUUAGAACUGCACCUUUUCAACGUAAGAACAGAGCAGUAUUGAACGAGAGUGACACACUGCACCUCGUGAAAUGAUGUAAAUUACAUGAACUAUUGCCAAUGUAAAUAUUCUUAACGCUAAUCGCAGUGAAUUGUGUCUAAGAACAUAGCUUUAUCGCGAUAUCUGUUAAGCGUUAACAGUGCCAAUAGCUCAUUAAUUUACAUCCUCUCAUGAUGUGCGGAGCUUUACGCUCGUUUAGUUCUUCUUACACUGAAAACUCUCAGUUCUGACGAUGACAUGCCACCUCAAAGAAUACCCCUCUCCUUUCUAGUCACCCUUGAAAUCCUUCACACCACUAUCCUCUCCACAGAAUACUAUCUUCAACUAUGGAAACCUCCAAAAUCCUGUUUUCCUUAAACCGCACAGACUCCUACUGAUACUUCCUCCUAUCGUCCAUCGUGCCUCACAUCACUCUUUAGCAAGAUCUUUGAAUUCAUGCUCUCCCGACACAACCAUUACACCUGAACCAGCAUCACCUCCUUCUCUUGUUAACCAGUGUGGCUUCCGUCCCAAUCUCUCCUCUCAUGACCAGCUCUGCACCUCCCCCAUCUCUUCUCCAGCCAGCUCAACUCACGUUAAUACGCUAUUUUUGCCUCCCUCGACCUAGAGAAAGGCUACGACCACGUAUGGUAGUCUGGUCUCCUCUUCAAACUCCAGACGUGUGCACUUCCAGGUAACCAUGUCCGCCUUAUUGAAUCUGUUUUAUCUAAUCGACCUUCCUUUGUCACUGUUAACAAUACCAGUUCCCGUGCCUUCCAUCUCACUGCAGGAGUGCCGCAAGGCUCUGCCCUCUUUCCUCUCCUCUACGAUAUUCCAAAAACACCUCCAUCAAUCAACUUCCUUCAAUAUUGCGAUAACACUGCUUUCCUUACCCUCUACCCUAAACCAAAGAAAUAACAAAGAUCGCUCCAAAUCCGCCUCAAUCAGUUUAACUCCUGGUGUAAACAAGGGCUUCUUAAUAUAAACCCUGCAAUACUCAGCCAGUAAUUUCAUGACUAACCAAGCGUACCUUCCGUCUCCACAACUUUUUACCUUCCCAAUUACGGCCCUCCUAUCCAGUUAACUAAUACACUGAAAUGUCUUGGGCUGAUGCUCGACCGCUAACGGACAUGGAAACCUCACCUACUAACCAUCCAACUGAAAGCCCACAACAUACAAAAACUACGAAAACUUCUAACAGGCCAAACUUGCGGAUUACAACCUCUCCAACAAUUCUCCACACCUACAAAAACUCGAUCCGACCCAUCCUCUGCUAUGCAAAUGUUGCAUGGAUCAGCAUCCCGCCAAAGUUCCCUUCAAAUCCUCGAACGCCUUGCUCUCUGAAUCUCCUUCCACGUCUGUUUACCUUCCUCCACAUGGAUGCUCUACUAUCUUAUCGCAUUGCCACCACUCCGCAUCCACAUGGAACACCUCUGCACUCCUAUACUAUCCACAGACUAGAUUCCUAUAACUGACAUUAUCUACCUUCUGAUCAGCAACCCUGGUAUGCUGCCGCGCCUUUAUCAACACUUCCUACCGUCCGAUCAUUUCUUCUCCCAACACAACAUAAACCAACUCCCUCUCCCGGAAAAGGAGAUCCGCCGGGAAGUUUGUUCCUAAUAUCAUCUUUACCUCUUUCCCAUCUUUCCAUCUCUGUAUCAUGGCUCCUUUCUCCCUUUCCCUCUCUAUCCAUCCCCACCCUUUUCCUCUUGUUACCACUACCUUGUCCACACACAAAACACCUCCCCACUAUAUGUAUUUUCCAUCUCCUGUUCUCCCUCUACCCACCCACCUCCAUAUCCAUAAUUUUUCGGCCUGACAGACCCCUAUCGUUUCUGCCCACACGUCUCAAUCCUGAGGAACAUAUUCUCUCCUUCAGAGAUAACUCACAGUGCAGGUCCUUCAGCUUUUUCAGGGCAGUGCUUCAGUGCUUUUUCUCCGAAGAAUUUCAUCAUUCUGCCAUGUGGUUUUAAAAUGGAUACAUUUUCGUUUCCUAGACGUCCGUCUUUGAUUUUAAAUUAAAAAAACAGACCUAAUGUGUUUUUUCUUCACAUCUUUCUUAUAUUUCUUAAAAACCUCUCAUGGCUGAUGAGCGGAAUAUAGUACCACUGACAGCCCACCCCCCGCCCCAUAUGGGCCGAAGGGUGGGCUGUCAGUGGGUGAAAUAACAAUAAACGGAGGAAAACGAUCACAUUUAUACAUAUCGGAUGGGAUUUUAAAGUCUGACAGGUGUUGAAGCAAAAUCUUUUGCAGUACGCUUGAUAAUGGUCUUAAGGUACGAUUGAUAAUGGUCUCAAGGCCGAAAUUGUAAUUAUGAAAUAAAUAGUCUCCACAUUUAACAGAGAAUAUAAUGUCCUUCAAAAAACUUUACAUGACUGUUAAUGCAAACCACGAGAAGUUAAUCAUUGAUGGAGACGUUUUUGUUAAUGUACAGCUUUAUACGUUACUUUGCGUCUCAGUCAGGAAGGGCAGCUAUUGAUACCAUACAUUCUUAUUGACUCUAAAAAUGACCAAAAUGCGCUAUGAAAUUCUUCUACCACUACAAGUUUCAGGACUAAAUUAAAGUUCGCUGGGUGAAGUAUUUAGAGAGAGUAAAUCUCUUGGUCAGUCGUGAACAGGACUGUUGGGAAACGACAUGUGUGCUGCGUUGGUUUCAUAACCGUCUUCGAAAAGUAGGAGGGAGAUGUUGGCAGAUCCAAGAUCUGAGUGCUGCUUUGAAGCGUAAAUAGACAGCUAAGGAAACCAUGGUGGUGUAAGCACGAAACAAAAAUUUUGAGUUGUUGCGUAGAUCGCAAUGCUUAGAUUCCACACUACCCUAUUAGGCAUUAAAAUGAGAUUCCUGUAUCGAAAGCGAAGCUUAAACAAUGUGAUGUGACGCAACUUUUCCUUGUUUACUGUGUUGUCGCCGAUAGAGCUAUACCUGUCGAUAAUUACAGAAGCAAAAUUCGGAAGUAAAGUCGGUUUUGAAGGGUGUUCGACACUACAUCCUACUGUUCUCCUGGUUAUCUACGUCAAAAAGGAUGAGCCGUUACCUUGCAGAGGUGUAACCUGUCUGCGAAGGAGUAACUGUCGGACGUAACUUAGUGGAGCUGAUGUGAUAAAAAAUACACCGCUGGUAGUAGAUUUGACCAAUGUUCAUUUCCACCAUUACUUCUCAGCUAACAGUUUAAGAAGUUACACUUUUUUGUCGUUUGACGUAACGAACGCAGACGAAAUUUAAAUUUCUUGUGACUGACUUGAAUAAUAAUGUCCGUAUGUGACUCAAGUUCUUAUGAAAUAGU